AUGACAAGUCCUCAAACUGUUGGUGCAUGCUUGAACCCUUGCCUCCAAUUACAUGAGUUAUCACUAUCUCAAACAAGCACUCAAUACAUUUACAUCUGCCCAGGCUUUUGGCGUGCUCUAGGACAUUUGAUUUCUAAAAUUGGUUGGUUAAUUCAAAGUCUUAACAUUGACACGCCAAACUCUACUCGCCUGUUGCAAGAACCCGUAUUUAAAAAUUCCUUUGAAUAUUCCCAAAUUAUUGACAUUAAUUGGAAACAAAAAAGACAAAUUCUAAGUUUCUUGUUUUUAGCUGACGUCAAACAUUUUGGAAUAUUCGAAGAAUUCUUGAAUAUAAAAAUUCUUUUAAAAGGAAUAACUGAGGUUCAAAAUUGA